AUGGAUGAUGGCACAGCCGACACCGGAGGCGCAGAGGAGACCAUCGAGAUCGAAGUGGAGUGCGAGUUCUCUGUCACCUAUGCCCACAGGCGUCUUGUCCUUGUCGCUCGUGGAUGCAACGACCUCGCCAUGAAGUUGGGCACCCGAUCGCCGACGGACAAGCAAACCAUCUUUCACCAGUUCUGCGUGCCGGACACCCAACUCUCACAGUUCCAGGUGAUUGGGGAGGAGCCGCAGCCCCGGGGACCGGUUGUCAAGCAGCAUGCGGCGCUGCUGGAGCUGAUCGGGCGCGCGCUCGACCUGCACCACGAGCCCAACGAGAACCCUCGCUUCAACGGCGCUUCCCACAAGUCCGACAUCGACACUGGCGAUGCGACAAGCCAAGGCCAGGACGACGAGGAGGAAAUGGCGUCGGUGGUGGAGCCGAUGCAAAAGGGAAGUAUGUGGGACUCGAAGCGAGUGGCCUACUUCCUUGCCCUGUGCUGCCUCGCACCGGCCAACGUCUACGCAUUCAACCCAACUUUUUUUGAAAACUGUUUGGUUUGGCACGAGGAGGAGUGGGACCUCAACUGGCACCUUAACUCAGGUAUGAAUAGGGACGACCCCAGACAGCGACUGGUGGACCAACUCGACCUCUGGGCCGACCCGGACCAGGAGUGGAAGGAGAUUGUGUUUGUGUUUUGA